ACCGGACAUGUCAUCAUUAUUUGUUUUUGGGGAAAUCGUAUUAUUCGUAUUAAUUGGUCUGUAAGACUCCCCACUUAGCGGCUUAUCAACUAUAAAAUAUGUUGUUGCGACCGAUGAGACUACAGUGCUGCAGCAACAAUAAUAUACACACGACACGUUACGAGUUACGACGACACAAUGUCAAAAUUAGUAUUUUCGCCGUCCGACGAUGAAAUGCUGGUCAAAGAGGUGCAAAAAUAUCCUAUGUUAUACAAUAUGGAACAUGCAGAUUACAACAAUUAUUUAUUAAAAGAUGUUAUAUGGAAAGAGAUAUCGACCAAAAUCAAUAAAUCUGUUGAUGAUACCAAAAAUCGGUGGAAAAAUAUAAGAGACUCGUACACACGAAACAAAAGCAAACCUGGAACUGGAUCGGCAGCAUCAACCAAAACUAAAUUGUCCUUGACACUGCGUGUCAGUUUAUUGGACAAUUUUGAAUAUGAACGAGACUCAACUAGUAACGAUCCUAUGGACGGCAAUAUAGACUUUCUUACUGAUGAAGAAAUUGAUGAUACAUUAUAUGAAGCAGCAAAUAACUUACCACCAGCUGAAAUGCCAAGUAAGAAGCGCGGUUUGUCUGGUACAAGAAAAGAUGCCGAUUUAAUAAUGAAUAAAUCAGAAGAACCAAAUAAGCGUAUUAAACAAACUUUGGAAAAAGAAGAAGACGAUAUGGACGAUGUUGAUUUAUUUUUUAAAUGUAUAGCUGCAAUAGUUAAAACAUUUUCACCCAAAGAUCAACUUUUAAUGAAAAUAAAAAUGUUAUUUAUAAUGGCCGAACUUGAACAAAAACGUGACAUAAACAAGCAACCGAAACAACCGUAAUAACCCAUGAUGUAACCACACUCUGUUCGCCAAAUAUCAAAUGAACUAUCUACAUUCUACAGACUCCAUUACAACAUAUACAUUUUCAAACAUUGGAUCCCAUUCAACCUUCUCUAACAAUAUCUGCAAGUAUAUUUACUCAAGAUCUUCAAACUUACAGCUUUCCAUGUAUAAUUAUGAUGUCUCAAUCAAGAAUAGCGGACAAUUUCCUCCCAGACAUUUCCCCUCCGACUGUUUUUGGCGUAGUAGGACAAUUCCUCCUUAAUAUAUUUUCGAUGCGAACGUUUCCCCCCCAUUUUUUUUCAUUUUUUUUUUCCAUAAAUAUAAUCAAUUAUACCAUAAUUACCUUUUAUUGUAGAUGUAUAUUUUUGAUCAAUUCCUACAAGCUAUUUGAAACAAUAAAAUAAUAGUAAUUUAAAAGAUUCUCUAAAUAAAAAAUAAUAGUCUAGCAUACCGUAUUACUUAUUAGCCAGUAACAUUUAAAUCUAAAAUUGUAUCUAAAACCCAAUCAAUUGCUGGGUUGUCAAAAACUAUCCUAAUUAUUUGAUUUAGGCUAUUAAGAUAGGAUUCUUCAACAAUCUUAUAUCGUCAUGAGCAAUGAUUUUUACAAAAUAUAUCAUUUUUAUAUCGACAUAU